AUGUCCUAUUCUCUAACCAGGUUUGCUAUCUACGAGACAGUCAGAGACAUGUUGAGCAGCAGUAACCAGGGGCCCAUGCCUUUCUACCAGAAGGUGCUGCUGGGGGCCUUCGGAGGUUUUACUGGCGGGUUCAUUGGUACUCCUGCAGACAUGGUGAACGUCAGGAUGCAGAAUGAUGUUAAACUUCCCCCAGAGCUGAGGAGAAACUACAAACAUGCUGUGGACGGUCUCUUCAGGGUCUUCAGAGAAGGGGUGAGGAAGUUGUUCUCAGGAGCCACCAUGGCCUCCAGCAGAGGAGCUCUGGUCACCGUGGGACAGUUGGCAUGUUAUGACCAGGCUAAACAGCUGGUGCUGUCUUCAGGCUUCAUGGGCGAUAACAUCCUCACACACUUCCUGUCUAGCUUCAUCGCUGGAGGCUGUGCUACAUUCCUGUGUCAGCCUCUAGAUGUGAUGAAGACCAGGUUGAUGAACUCUAAAGGAGAAUACUCAGGUGUGAUACACUGUCUGAGAGUGACGGCUAAAGAAGGACCCAUGGCCUUCUACAAGGGUCUUGUUCCUGCAGGGAUCCGUCUGAUUCCUCACACGGUCCUCACCUUCAUCUUCCUAGAGCAGCUCAAGAACAACUUCGGCAUCGUCAUCAUCUCCUGAGCACGCUCCAUUACCUACGACCUUUACCCUCUAAACCCCUGUCCCCUGCAAACAUCAACCAAUCCCCUGUCACUGCCACGGUGCCACACCCCCCCCAUGGCCCUGAGCUGUCCAAUCACACAGAGAGGUGGAUGUAGGGAUGGAAUGUCUGCUAUGCUAUCCUACCCAGCCCUCUUUCACCUGCUCUGGAAAUCAACCAAUCACCCGGGGAAAAGACUACGAAGGAACUGCCUACACCUGCACCAUCACAGCCUUGUCCACAGGAAGAGUUGUCAUAGCAACGCCAGUCAAACCCUGCUGUGACAUCAUCUUCAUGUCUCUGUCAUCAUCAAUAGUGCCAUUCUCAAUGGGGGCUGCGCCUCAAAUCAUACACUAUUCCCUAUGUAGUGCAUUACUUAUGACCCUUAAUCUGUAGUGCACAAAACAUGUAGCUCUGGUCAGAAGUAGUGCACUACGUAGGGAACAUAGUGCUACCUGAGUUCACUCCCUAAACGGUGUUAAUGUGUUUAUACUGUAGCCUUCCACCAUCAUCAUCAUGUAUGUAUCACCCAAACCUGUUCCAUUCCACACCACACCAGUCCUCAUGUAUUACUAGCAGUGUACUAGUUGUAGUAGUAUGUAUUACUAGUUGUAGUAGUAUGUAUUACUAGUUGUAGUAGUAUGUAUUACUAGCUGUAGUAGUAUGUAUUACUAGUUGUAGUAGUAUGUAUUACUAGUUGUAGUACUAUCUAUUACUAGCUGUAGUAGUAUGUAUUACUAGCUGUAGUAGUAUGUAUUACUAGCGGUGUACCAGCUAUAGUAGUAUGUAUUACUAGCUGUAGUAGUAUGUAUUACUAGCUGUAGUAGUAUGUAUUACUAGCUGUAGUAGUAUGUAUUACUAGCUGUAGUAGUAUGUAUUACAAGCAGUGUAGUAGCUGUAGUGGUAUGUAUUACAAGCAGUGUAGUAGUAUGUAUUACAAGCAGUGUAGUAGUAUGUAUUACAAGCAGUGUAGUAGUAUGUAUUACAAGCAGUGUAGUAGUAUGUAUUACAAGCAGUGUAGUAGUAUGUAUUACUAGCAGUGUAGUAGUAUGUAUUACUAGCAGUGUAGUAGUAUGUAUUACUAGCAGUGUAGUAGUAUGUAUUACUAGCAGUGUACCAGCUCUAGUAGUAUGUAUUACUAGCUGUAGUAGUAUGUAUUACUAGCUGUAGUAGUAUGUAUUACUAGCUGUAGUAGUAUGUAUUACUAGCAGUGUAGUAGUAUGUAUUACUAGCAGUGCAGUAGUAUGUAUUACUAGCAGUGCAGUAGUAUGUAUUACUAGCAGUGCAGUAGUAUGUAUUACUAGCAGUGCAGUAGUAUGUAUUACUAGCAGUGCAGUAGUUUGUAUUACUAGCAGUGCAGUAG